UGUGGUGUUUAUUAUUUACUUGCAUUUUUUUUUUGUAUUUUCAUUUUUAACAUAUGUUCACAGUAAUAUAUUUUAUACAAAUAUUUGCAAUCGUUAUCAGGUAUAUAAUAUAAAUAUCUUGUAACAGACAAGUUGCACUCAAGUCCAAAGGCCAGAUACAUUGUGCAGACUGAUUUUAAGAAUAAAACAGCGAAAAUGUUGUCCACUUUGGUUACUAAACCUGCCUUUGGGCUUCUAUUUUCACAUCUGAAAACUGGUGCUAGUAAAUUUGUAAGCAGUACAGCAAAAAUGUCGGCUCAAACAAAUUAUGAAACAUUAGCUGUAACAAUCCCACAUGAAUUUGUAUAUCAUGUUGAACUAAACCGUCCAGAAAAAUUGAAUGCAAUGAAUAUAACAAUGUGGUCGGAAAUUGGAAAGUGCUUUGAGAACUUGGAUAAUGAUGAAAACUGCAGGGUAGUUGUUUUAUCAGCUGCAGGAAAAAUUUUUACAGCUGGUUUGGACUUUAAGCAAGUUUUUCUGAAAAUGGGUCCUGAAUUGGCAGACCUAGAUGUAGCUCGCAAAGCAAAAGUUAUUUCUACAUCACUGAGAUCAUUUCAGAAGUCAAUUACUUCUAUUGAGUUGUGCAAAAAACCUGUACUCACUGCUAUUCAUUCAGCUUGUGUUGGUGGUGGAUUAAAUCUUAUCGCAGCUGCUGACAUCAGGUACUGCAGCAAAGAUGCUUGGUUUCAGUUGAAAGAAGUUGACAUUGGUAUGGCCGCUGAUGUAGGGGCUCUACAAAGACUGCCAAAAAUUAUGAAUUCUGACAGUUUUGUCAGAGAGUUGUGUUACACAGCGCGUAAGGUAGAAGCACCCGAAGCCCUAAGUUCAGGAUUAGUGUCUCGAGUUUUUGAAGAUAAAGAAAGCUUGAUAAAAGGUGCUAUUGAUACGGCACAAGAUAUUGCAAAGAAGAGCCCUGUUGCUGUCCAAACUACAAAAGUCGGUCUGGUUUAUGCUAGAGAUCAUUCUGUUCAAGACGGACUGGAUCAAAUCGCUUCAUGGAACCAACUUAUGUUGCAAAGUGAAGAUUUUAUGAAUGCCGUUGUUGCUCAAGCCAGUAAACAAAAGGACGUUGUUUUUUCCAAGUUGUAACCAUGAACAAAAUUUUGUAAAAAUAAAAAAUUUCAAAAAUCA